AUGACAACACCAAGACAGGAAAAAGAGAUUUUAGGUGAUGGCAACUGCUUUUUUAGAGCUGUCUCUUUCUGCCUUACAAAUUCGGAGGAUUUUUACAACGUAAUGCGCAGUGCUGUCUGUCAGCAUAUCAUUGAAAACAAAGAGUUAUUUGAACCAUUCACAAAUGGUGAACAGUCUAUUGAUAAUCAUCUUAAAUCAUCCAACAUGUCACAAACGGGAACGUGGGCUACUCAGGUUGAAAUAUUUGCUACAGCUCACUUACUGAAUGUUGAUAUAUAUACACUCUCUGGAGGGCGUUGGAUCAGAUUUUCAGUCAGUGAUGUAGAACCUUCAGAGCAAAGCAAAACUGGUGCAAUUUAUUUAAACCACCACCAGCAAAAUCAUUACAAUGUCGUCCUUUCAGUAAAUGGGCAUGAGUCAGACAUGACACAAAAGCAAAAUGAUGAAAUUGUAAAUGAGUAUGAAAAGCGAUACCGAAGUCGAAUGCGUUUACGAGGAAUCAGACAAACAUUACCAGAAACGGAGAACAAGACUAGAUAUGUGGAGAAACGAAAACAAUCUUUAAGGAAAAGAUACCAGGAAGAUUUAAAAUAUAGAGACAAGAAACUGAAAUCGUGUUCUGAAAAAUAUUUAAACAGUGAAAAAUUCCAAGCUAAUUUGAAACUGCUAAGCAAACAAAGAUACCAUAAUGAUAUUGAGUAUCAAAACAAAACGAAAAUCAGAAGCAAUAAAAGUAUUACUGAUAGAUAUGCAGCAGACGAGGAGUAUAAGGAAGCUUUUAAGAGAAACAGUUUGGAAAGAUAUGCUUCUGAUGAAAAAUACAGAACUGACACUAAAUUGAGAAGUAUUCGAAAAUAUGAAUCGGAUGCUAAACACAGAGAAAAUGUUAAGAGCCAAAUUAAGCAAAAGUAUAAGUCAGAUGAACUAUACAGAGAGCAAGUUAUUUCUGAGAGUUCAAAGAGAUACAGGACAAAUGAAAACUUUAGAGAAAAAAAACUUAAAACUGCAGCUAAAAGAUACGAAAAAGAUGAGAUAUAUAGGUCAAAAACAAAAGUUUCUAGCAGAAUUCAAUAUGAUUCCAAUCCAAGAGUUAAAGCACUAAAAAAGGAGAGUGUAAAAAAUCAGAGAAGUGCCAAACAUUCUAAAUUGAAAAAUGAAAAAGGAAUUGUGAAAGCAUUUAAAGAAAAGGCUAUGCAAGGCAUUGAUUAUUCGUGUUGCUGUUGUGAUCGGCUCAUGUUUCAUAAUCAAGUCCAGAGAUGUAAUCGACACUCAUAUGCCAAAAAUGACCAAGCAAGAAAUGUUGCUGAAUUAUGUAUUCAGGAUAAACAUUGCCACACAUGCAUAGAAACAUGUCCAGAAAAUUGCAUCAAGUCUAAGUUAUGGAUUUGUUUUACAUGUCACAGGAAAAUCUUAAGUGGUAACAUUCCAGCAGAAGCAGCAGUUAACAAAAUGGCGCUUGAAGAAAUCCCAGAGGAAUUAAAACGACUAAAUAGCCUUGAGAGACAUCUGAUUGGAAUACACAUUCCGUUUAUGAAAGUUAUGGCUUUACCACACGGGAGUCAAAAAAACAUUCAUGGGCCAGUUGUUUGUGUACCAUCAGAUCUAAGAAAAGUUACAAGUUUACCAUUGAAACCUGGAGAAGAUCUGCUGCUGAAAGUCAAACUAAAGAGAAAAUUGAACUACAAAGGUUACAUCGAAUAUCAAUUCGUUAACCCAAAUCACGUAUCAGAGGCAUUAGAAUUUUUGAAACGGAACAAUGAAUGGUAUGAAAAUGUAACAAUUGACACAAACUGGAAACAAUCCGAUGACAGUUGUCAGGAAAUGGUCGAAAGUGCUGAUAUCUUAUCAAAAGAUGAUGAAGAACACAUUGCAACAGAUACCUGUUUACAACCAGUUGAUAUCGCACAAGAAGUUCUUGAUCAUUACUUUGAUGAUAUUUAUAAUAUCGCUCCAGCAGAAGGAAACAAUCCAGUAAGGAUGUUGCAAACACAAGGCAAUGAGGCAAAGACAUUUCCAUACCAUUUCCCUAGUGGACACUUCUCGUGGAAUGACAAGAGAGACACAAGAAUAACACUGUCAAGAUAUUUUAACAACCGCCUUAUGAAUUCAGAUGACAGAUUUGCAAAAGACAGCAGUUAUAUUUUCUUCAGUCAGUAUAUGUCUGAUUUGAAUCAAGUAAUAGAGAAAACGCAAAUAUCAAUCAGAAAAUCGGUCAAAGGCAUUCUUAGUGGUCACAAUAUGACAGCAGAUAUGGUACAAAACCCUGAAUUACUUUCAAAGUUGAUGAAAAAUGAUGAGGCUUUGCGAUUCAUGCAACCGAUACGGGGAACGCCAGCAUAUUGGUCAGCUGCUCAAAAAGAUCUAUUUGCUAUGCUAAGACAGUUAGGAAUACCAACUUGGUUUUGCUCGUUUUCAGCUGCAGAACACAGAUGGAAUGAUGCAGUUGCAACAAUAUUGAGACAACACAAUGAUUUAAGAGAUCCGUGUGUUUUGGACUGGUCUGAAAAAAAUGAGGUGCUAAGAAGCAAUCCCGUUACCGUUGCAAGAAUGUUUGAGCAUAGAUUUCACGUUUUUCAGACAGAAGUGAUUUUUUCACCAUCAGAGCCAAUUGGGAAAAUAUCAGAUUUUUUCCAAAGAGUCGAAUUUCAGCAAAGAGGGUCACCUCACAUGCAUUGUUUAUAUUGGGUAGAAAAUGCCCCGAAACUCGAUGAAGAUGGAGAAGAUGCGGUUUGUGAAUUUAUUGACAAAUAUGUUAGCUGCGCAGUGCCCUCUGAGAAUGAAGAUUUGGAUCUAAGAGAUGUGAUAUUAGCUGUACAACAACACAGCAGAAAACACUCAAAGUCUUGCAGGAAAAGAGGGACAGAUUGUAGAUUUAACUUUCCUAGACCUCCAUCUGUAUGUACCUUUAUAAAUUCUCCAAAUGAUGAAGACAACUUGCAAGAUGAUGCAGAAGCUACGGAUUUAAAACAGGAGCAAUCAAAUGCUAAAGAAAUAUUAUUGCGAGUUUGGAGUGAAGUACAAGAUGGAUCAAACGAAUCUGAAAAUACAGAAGAUAUUUUUAAACGAAUAGAUUUGACACAAGAACAGUACAUAGACGCACACAGACAAUUAGCAAAAAAGAGGUCAGUUGUUCUUAAAAGAAACCCACGUGAACUUUGGAUCAAUCAGUACAAUCCGUGCCUUUUAAAAUGCUGGGAUGCCAAUAUGGACAUACAGUUUGUCUUAGAUCCGUUUAGUUGCAUCGUUUACAUUAUCUCUUACAUAUCAAAGUCGGAGAGAGAAAUGGGAAUGGUGUUGAAACAAACCAAAAUAGAGGCAGAAGAAGGUAAUGAAAGUGCUCGUACAACCCUGAAGAAAGUUGGUUCUGCUUAUUUGAAUCAUAGAGAAGUCAGCGCACAGGAGGCUGUCUAUCGCGUAUGUAACUUGAAAAUGAAAGAAUGUUCAAGGAAAGUAGUAUUUGUACCAAUAGGAGACAAUCCUACUAGGCUGACAAAACCAUUGUCUCAACUUAAAAAAAAGCAGAACAAGGUAAAUGAAGGGAAUCUUGACGAAGACAACGAUGAAGAAGAUAUCUGGAUGACAAAUAUUGUUGAAAGAUAUGAAAGCCGGCCAAAUGAACCAUUGUUUCAAAAAAUGUGCCUGGCAGAAUUUUGCUCAGAAUUUAGAGUACUCGCUAAAUCCCAGGUUCCAAAGACUCACAAUGAAAAUGUAUUUGAACUGCAAAAUUCGAAAGGUUUCAUUCAAAAGAGAACACGUACAAAACCAGCAAUAAUAAGAUACCCAAGGUUUAACCCAGAUAAAAUGUCAGAGAAAUAUUACCAGUCUUUGUUACAGCUGUUCUUGCCUCACUGGUGUAUUAAUCAAUUGAAACCUCCAGGUUUCGAAUUGUAUGAGACAUUUUACGAAAAUGGACAUGUUCGAAUCUCAGGAAAGCAAAAGUUACAAUCGGUCAAGUCAAUUGUUGACAUGAACAGACUACGGUAUGCGAAGAAUGAAGAUGCAAUAGCAGAAGCAGAGGAUAAUUUUGAAAACAUUGGAGAUCCAGAAGAUGCUUGGGCUAACCUCUGUCCUGAGACAGAAUUAAUGAGACACGAAUGUUCUGCAGAGAGAACUGAUCUGAAUUUGGAUGUUGCUGAAGAAUUGCCAGACAUGCAACCAGAAACUAAUUUUGAUAUUCUCUACAACAUACAACAGGAUACACAGUCAAAAGAAGAAAUGACAAAUAUUCUUCAAAAUUUGAACGACACUCAAAUGAAAGUAUUUUACUUGGUGCGUGAGUGGUGUUUGAAGAAAAGUUUCGGACAAAAACCUGAAUUAAUGCACAUUUUCAUAACUGGUGGAGCGGGAACAGGCAAAAGUCAUUUAAUUAAAGCCAUACAUUAUGAGGCAUCACGUUUACUUGGAAAAACAAUGCCUACUCCUGACAGUGUUUCAGUGCUUCUUGCAGCAUUUACAGGAACGGCUGCAUUUAACAUUGGAGGCAAUACAAUUCACCAUUUAUUUUCACUGCCAAAACAUAUGUCUUUGCCUUAUCAACCACUGAGAGAGCAGAGUCUAAGUGAAAUGAGAGUUCAACUUGGUGAUCUGCAAAUUUUGGUUAUUGAUGAAAUUUCAAUGGUGUACAAAAAACUAUUAUACUAUGUUCAUGAAAGAUUAGUACAGAUAAAGAAAUGCAAGGAACCAUUUGGAGGAGUGUCAGUGAUAGCUGUGGGCGAUUUCUAUCAACUUCCACCUGUGAAGCAGCGCAAAGAUGAAAGACUUUAUAAAGACAACGCUCUUUAUCCUUUUGAUUAUUGGGUAGACCUUUUCAAACUUGUGGAGUUAAAAGAAAUUAUGAGACAACGUGAAGACAUCCCGUUUGCAAAUGCAUUGAAUACACUUCGAACUAGAGAAUUAAAAGAACAAUUGGAAGAACCAACCAACGUUAUCCUAAAUGAAUGUGUACGACAGGGACCUGAAGAUGUUCUCCACGUCUACUCAACAAAUGAUGAAGUCAAUGCCUAUAACUUGUCAAUGCUCAGGAGGAAAUGUGAAGACCUUGUUGAAAUAAAUGCUCAAGACUUCACAAAAGAUAGAACUACUGGCGAACUCAUCCUCAGAAGCAAACCUAUCAGUAGGUCUAGAACAGAUAGUCUUCCAAGCACCUUAUUGUUGGGUCUCGGUGCAAAGGUCAUGCUCACAAGAAACAGCAAUGUAGAUGAUGGCCUUGUAAAUGGAGUUAUGGGCACUGUAGCAAAAUUUGUUUAUGGUCAAAGACAUGCACAAAAUACUGUUGUUGCAGUGGGAGUACUGUUUGAAAAUAUAAAUGUUGGGAAGAAAACUGGACAGAGAAGUAAAAAUGGAAACCUUGUUCUUAUUGAAAAAGUCCAAGAGGAUAUUCCUGAGCAAAAAACAAAAAAUGUUGUUCGACAUCAGUUUCCAUUACGAUUGGCUUGGGCUUGUACAGCUCACAAAGUACAAGGAAUGACAGUUGACAAGGUGGUAGUUAAUUUAGACCGAACUUUUUCACCAGGACAGGGUUAUGUUGCGUUGAGUAGAGUAACGUCAAAGCAGGGAUUAUUCAUUGAAUCGAACAAACCAGAAAUAUUGCAAAAAAAGAUAUACGCUGAUCCAGAAGUCAACGUAGCAUUGCAGAGAAUGCCGAAAUUAAAACUACCAAACUUUGAAACAUCUCAGACUGGCAUUAAAAUUUAUCUUCACAACAUUCAAAGUCUCGGUAAACAUUUCGGAGAUCUCUUAAAGGAAAGCCGAUGCAAAGAUGCAGAUAUUAUCUGCCUAACAGAGACUUGGCUAAGAUCUGGACAAAAUGUCAAUAUGUUUGAUAUCAACGGUUUCAAUUUCUAUCCAACAAAUAGGCAAGAUUCUUAUGACGAUACCAAUACCCAAGUUUCAAAAUUACGUGCCUCAAAAGGUGGUGGAGUAGCUGUUUACAUUAACCAAACCACAGUAAACAAAGUUGUCAGUUUCCUUCCUGUAAAGAAUGUAGAGGGUAUCUGUGUAAAAUGUUUGCCAGAAGAUAUAGCAGUUAUCGUUGUCUAUCGCCCGAACUCUGUGGGUGUUCCUCAGUUUUUAGCGAAACUCGAAAAAGUGAUUGCGUAUUACAGAUCUCAAUGUAAAUACUUUGUUUGUCUUGGAGAUUUCAACGAAGAUGCAACGUCUGCAGGCCCUAUUCAGAAUUUUAUGAUUAAUAAAGGUUGUAAGCAGAUUGUUGAUUUCAAAACAACAGAGGGAGCUACUAUUUUAGACCAUGUAUAUGUGUCAACAUCUUUAAAGGCAGAAGUGGUAAAAAUGUCAACAUACUACAGCUACCACGAUGCAUUAAUUCUGAACAUCAAUUCCAGAAAAUAA